AUGUUCAGAUCAGUAUUACGUGGAGCCCCAAUUGCCCUUAAAGCAGCAUCUGUAAGAUCAGCUACCCCAGCUAGAUUUUUGGCUCCUCUUGCCACUCCGUUGCGUUUUUACUCUUCAUCUUUAAACAAGGACGAAAUCAGUUCAAGAGUUAUUGACGUUGUGAAAGCUUUCGAUGAGAGUACUGCUUCUGCAAAUGUGACAAAUGCCACUCAAUUCUCUAAGGAUCUAGGUCUAGACUCACUUGACACCGUUGAAUUGUUGGUAGCCAUUGAGGAAGAAUUUGACAUUGAGAUCCCAGACAAAGUUGCCGACGAAAUCAAGACUGUUGGGGAGGCAGUUGACUAUAUUGCCUCCAACCCUGAGGCUAACUGA